AUGUCAGUUGACGAGCAAAGACGCUUGAUUGUGGUAUCUAAUCGCCUUCCCGUGUCCGUCAAACGAGUCGAUGGGGGCUAUCAAUCAUCGAUUUCAAGCGGAGGGCUAGUCACGGCAUUGUCGGGAUUGAACUCUACCAAGUUUCAAUGGUUUGGUUGGCCGGGAAUCGAAGUUAAGGACACCGCGGACAGAGAGCAAGUAUCGAAGAGCUUGGACGAGCACAGCGCCUGUCCGAUCUUCUUGGACAGCGAUCUUGCACAUGAGCAUUAUAAUGGAUUCUCCAACCGUAUUCUAUGGCCGAUCCUCCACUACCAGUCAGGAGUGACAUUCGAUGACGGUCCCUGGCAGGCCUAUAGACGGGUUAAUGAAUUGUUUGCCGACCAGAUCGCGAAUGCAGCUGACAGCGGGAAUCUGAUCUGGAUUCAUGAUUACCACCUCAUGCUAUUGCCAGGACUGUUGCGCUCCAGACUUGAACAGCAGGGCAAAUCUUGCGCAAUUGGAUUCUCAUUACACACCCCAUUCCCGGCGGGUGAUUUCUGGAGGGCACUGCCUGUUCGCAAGCAAUUGAUUGAUGGCUUGCUAGCCAGUGAUCUUAUUGGAUUCCACACGGACGAGUAUAAGCAGAAUUUCAUCGAUACUUGUUCGAAUUUACUCGGUGCCCACACGGAAAUCCCUAAUCAAAUCCAGUAUAAGAAUCGGCUGGUCUGUAUUGGCAAGUUCAUUGUCGGCAUCGACCCUCAGAAAUUCACCGAUACGCUGAAGACUCCCGAGGUCGUAGAGAGGAUCAAGACGCUUGAAGAAAGGUAUAAGGGAAUGACGGUGAUUGUUGGCGUGGAUCGACUAGAUCAUAUCAAGGGUCUGACGCAGAAGCUGAAGGGAUUUGAUUCCUUCUUAGACGAUCAUCCGGAGCUACGGAACAAGGUCGUUCUCAUCCAAGUCGCGGUGCCUAGUCGCGAAGAUGUCAAGGAAUACCAAGAGUUGGAGACAGAGCUAACCACACCUGAUGGCACCCCGUUGCUGUAUAUGCAUCGAUCUGUUCCUUUCAAUGAACUAGCAGCUCUGUACGCAAUUGCGGAUGCAUGUCUCCUCACGUCGACUCGAGAUGGAAUGAAUUUGGUCUCUUUUGAAUACGUCGCCUGCCAGGAAAAACGAAACGGCGUUCUGAUUCUAUCUGAGUUUGCAGGUGCAGCCUCAUUUAUGCGAGAGGGGAGUAUUUGUUUCCAUCCAGCUAACAAGACUGAAAUGUCUGAGGCUAUUUUCAAGGCGCUUAAUCUAGAUCCUGCCGAGCGCAAACGGAAGUCUGAGCAGCUUCGAGAAUUCGUCCACAAGUAUACUAGUUCCCGAUGGGGUCAAACCUUUCUUGAAAAGCUGAAUGCGAGAGUGGGGGAUAAAGCAACGCGUAACUGCGCAUAG